GGGCGAGGGGGUGAAAGUGAGAACUGAGGUCGAGGGGCGGCGGUGGGGUCCCCCGUCCUAUUCCCAGGGCUGGGGCUGUCGCCACGCCUCCUCCUGUGGGGCUCCUGGGGGGACCCGGAGCAGACCCAGGCCUGGGGCUGGGCUUCGAGAAGGCAGGCGGAGGGGUCCGGGCACGUCGAAGCCGGGCGCUGCAGGAUGCAGAUCCUGGGAGCUCUCAGGCCUUGAGCGGAGAGCUUCUUCCGGAAGCGAAUUGGCAGGUGCAGAGCCAGAACUGUCUCCAGCGUACGCCCGAAGGCCUGCGGCGCAGGUGGCAGAUGGGGUGACUGAGGCCCCUGGCCAUGUGUCGCUCUGAGAGCUGGAGCGAGACUGAGCCCAGACCCCGAACCCACAGGAUUCUUUAUCUUCGUUUCUGGGCAUGCCAAAGCCAAGACCUUGAGGCCCGCCCCCCUGGCGUCUCACAUCCCUCCUGGAGCAGGGGUCGCAGCCCGGCGCCCCCAGCCUCAACCCUCGGCCGCCGAGAUGCUGCGGCAGUGGUCGGGGCAGUCGGGGCAGGCCCCCGGGGACCGGGAGCCUGAGCCGGCCGCGGAGGAGCUGUGGGAGUCGGAGAUGGAGCGGCUGUGCGCCUCCCGCGCGCCCGUGCGCACGCUGCCCUACGCCAUGGCCGACAAGCGCUUCAUCCGGCAGCUGCGGGAGCCCGAGGGGGUGAAGACCUCAUGCUGGCAGUCGUGGCAGCGCAGGCGGCAGAUGGCAGGACGGCGCCUGAGGGAGGCAGCGCAGCGCCUGGCCCGGGGCUUUGGGCUCUGGGAGGGGUCUCUCUACGAGAUUGGGGGCCUCUUCGGCACCGGAAUCCAGUCCUACUUCACCUUCCUCCGCUUCCUGCUGCUGCUCAACCUGCUCACGGUGCUGGUCACAGCCAGCUUCGUGCUGCUGCCCCUGGCCUGGCUCCACCCCCGAGACCCAGGCCCCACCAUGAACUUGACCCUCCAGUGCCCCAGCAGCCACCAGCCCCAGACUGGUGUCCCGAAGUUCCACAAUCAACUUUGGAAUGUUUUAACUGGCAGGGCCUUCAGCAACACCUAUCUCUUCUAUGGCGCCUACCGCGUGGGGCCCGAGGGCAGCGCGGCGUACAGCAUCCGCCUGGCCUACCUCCUCAGCCCGCUGGCCUGCCUGCUGCUCUGCUUCUGCGGGACCCUGCGGAGGAUGGUGAAGGGGCUGCCGCAGAAGCCACUCCUGGAUCGGGACUACAGGGUGCCUCUCAGCGCCAAGGUCUUCUCCUCCUGGGACUUCUGCAUCCAGGUGCGGGAAGCGGCCACCAUCAAGAAGCACGAGAUCAGCAACGAGUUCAAGGUGGAGCUGGAGGAGACCCACCGCCUGCAGCAGGUGCAGCAGCAGUCCCCCACCCAGAGGGCCUGCCACCUGCUCAGCUACCUGCGGGUCAACGUCCUCAUUGGGCUCCUGGUGGUUGGGGCCAUCAGUGCCAUCUUCUGGGCCACCAAGUACUCACAGGACAACAAGGAGGAGUCCCUGUUUGUGCUGCUCCAGUACCUGCCCCCUGGCGUCAUCGCCCUGGUCAACUUUCUGGGUCCCCUGUUGUUUGUGUUCUUGGUCCAGCUGGAGAAUUAUUCUCCUAACACCGAGGUCAACCUCAUCCUUAUCUGGUGCGUGGCGCUGAAGCUGGCCAGCCUGGGCAUGUUCUCCUUCUCGCUGGGGCAGACCGUGCUGUGCAUCGGCAGAAACAAGACCAGCUGUGAGCCCCACGGCUACAACGCCUGUGACUACCAGUGCUGGGAGAACUCUGUGGGGCAGGAACUGUACAAGCUGAGCACCUUCAACUUCCUCCUCACCGUGGCCUUCGCCUUCCUGGUCAGCCUGCCGCGGAGGCUGUUGGUGGAGCGGUUCUCGGGUCGCUUCUGGACCUGGCUGGACCGGGAGGAGUUCCUGGUGCCCAAGAACGUGCUGGACAUCGUGGCGGGGCAGACAGUCACCUGGAUGGGCCUCUUCUACUGCCCCCUGCUGCCGCUGCUGAACAGCGUCUUCAUCUUCCUCACCUUCUACAUCAAGAAGUACACCCUCCUGAGGAACUCCAGGGCGUCUCCGCGGCUCUUCCGGGCCUCCAGCUCCACCUUCUUCUUCCAGCUGGUGCUGCUCCUGGGCCUGCUCCUGGCCGUGGUGCCCCUGGGCUACGUGGUCACCAGCAUCCACUCCUCUUGGGACUGCGGCCUCUUCACCAACUACUCGGCCCCCUGGCAGGUGGUCCCAGAGCUGGUGGCCCUCCGGCUCCCGCCCCCUGGCCAGCGUGCCCUGCACUACCUCAGUUCCCACGCCUUCAGCUUUCCUCUCCUCGUCACGCUCAGCCUCGUCCUGACCGUGUGCGUCUCCCAGUCCCGGGCCAACGCCAGGGCCAUCCGCGGCCUCCGGAAGCAGCUGCUGUGGCAGGUCCAGGAGAAGUGGCACCUGGUGGACGACCUGUCUCGGCUGCUGGCGGAGCUGGACCCGGGCGAAUAUCCGUGUCCCGAGUCCCUCACUCCGGAGCCUCGCACCGCGGCCCUUCUGCCCGGGUUCCCGUGCCGGCUCCCCGGCCCAGGCCCCCCGCGGGACCCUCCCUCGUGGAUCCCGCCAGGCUGGGCUCCCCAGGCCUGGAUCGGGUCUUGGAUCCCUGCCUGCAGCUUCCACCUCCUCAGCAGCAGGGAGCUGCAGACCCUAACCCUGGCCUACCCCCAAUCCUGCCUACCCCAACCCCCCUCCGCCCACAGCCUCCUCCUGGGGCCUGACCUGCAGCCUGACUCCAUCCCCAGUCCUCUUUACCCGCACUCCCGGACCCUGGCGACCACCCUCCCUCUCAGUGCUCCUGGGCCUCUGCUGCCACCCGGUGAGCAUCCCGGGAAGGGAGGCCAGCGUGGAGGAGGCCGGGACCUAGGAAGGCCUCACGAGCCUGAGCAGAGGCCCCACACCCACCCAGCCAUGAGCACCCUUCAGCUGCUGAGCCGGGCUGUGCUGGGCGAGCCCACUGUGGAUGUUGUUGAGGGGCUGCUGCCAGGGCCUUGA